UCUUUUUUUGCGUUUCAUUUAAAGUUAUUAUAUAUAUUCAUAUAAACAUAAUGUAUAAUAAUUUAUAUAGCAUUUACUCAAAAAUGUAAAAGGCCAUGAUGAAAAUAAUGGAGUGGGUCUCUGUUACUUUUUACAGUGCCAUUCUAAAGUAAACCCCAAAAUUUUAAACCUAAUAACUUAUGAUUGAAUUAAACUCUUGACUGGCAAUGAAUAUGAAUGGUAAUUUUUGGCGACGGGAGUCUUCUUUUUGUAUGACAGAUGAAGUACAAUAUCCAAGGAUGGUAGCCGACGAACGACUCGCUUAUUGGGCUCAUUGCCAUAACUAUCAAUUAUUGAACAAGAUAGGUGAAGGUUCAUUUGGUAAAGUUUUUAAAGCCUUACACACAACAACCAAUUCAAUAGUUGCCUUUAAAUUUAUUUUCAAGCUCGACAAAUUAAAAACAUUACAACAGGAAGUUGACAUUCAACAAAAAUUACACCAUCCAAAUAUUGUCAAAAUGAUCGAGUCAUUUGGAAAUGAGAAUGGGAUUGCUUUGGUCAUGGAGUUUGUGCCUCGAUCACUCAAAGAAAUCAUAGAAACUGAAGGUAUACUAAGUGAAGAAAGAACACAAGUGAUUAUAUGUCACCUUGUAUCAGCUUUACACUAUUUACACCAGAAAAAUAUUUUACACAGGGAUUUAAAACCACCAAAUAUUUUAUUGGACAACAAUGAUGUUGCAAAAUUAUGUGAUUUUGGUUUAGCAAGGUUUAUGUUAACUGGUACUCAAGUAUUAACUCAAGCAUCUCUCAAAGGAACUCCUCUUUAUAUGGCUCCUGAAGUGAUAAAUUCUCCUGUUAUACCUCCAAUAUACAAUCACAAUGCGGAUUUAUGGUCAUUGGGAUGUAUAGCUUAUCAUUUACUUUGUGGAAAACCUCCAUUUGAUACAAAAUGUUUGAUGCAUUUAGUUCAAAUGAUGAAAGACCAAYCAAUAGUUUGGCCAGAUACUGUUUCAGCUGUUUGUCAGAACUUUUUAGAACAGCUAUUGCAAAAAAAUCCAUUACAAAGGUUAACGUGGCCUGGCCUAUUAGAACAUGAAUUUGUAAAAAACAAAGUAUACAUAAUAGAUAUGGAUCAAAAUGAGGAAAUAGAUUUCUCAACAGAAUUUGAUGAUAUUGUGUCACCUUUAAACUCAAUGAAAAUAAAUGAAGAAGAAGAACUAGGAGAAGAAGAAGAAGAAGAAGAAGAAGAAGGGGAAGGAGACAAAGAACCCUCGGAUUCUUCUACUGGUCAUGAUUUUACAUCUAUAGAAGACACAACUGAAGAAGAYUUGCGUUCAAGUCAGUCUGGUUGGUGUUCUGAAACUUGCCAAGAGUUAGAUGUGGGUUGUGAUAAAACUAAUUCUACGUCUGAUAAUACAAAUUCUAAUGAUUUUAUGAGUGAAGAAUGGAUUGUAUUUCUACGACAAAGUGCUUCUGAAGUUGUUUCUGGGAAUAUAACAUCUAUGACUCAAAAAAGUUUCAUUUUAGUAGUUCUAUCUCCUUUAAAGAGUGGUAACAUGUCUUCCAAAUUAUUGCACUAUGUUGUUACUGUUUUAGCAAUACCUUUUGUUACUCCAAAUAUUCAACAAACUGAAAAAGACUCAAUAACUCAAAUUUAUAUUGAAACUAAAGUCAUUCCAUGUUUAAUGCAAGCAUUUUCUAAUGCUAUCAAAUCUCCUGCUCGUAACUGUGUAUCACCUGCACCUCCUGAUAGUAUUGGCAUUCAAGAAUUAGGCAGUCUAGAAUCGGUGCUUCUUUURGUAGAAGGRUUAUGCUUAGAUAAACCUAUUGAAUGUCUUAAACAAUUUACUGAGAGUAUYUAUUUUUUGAAAAUUCUACCAUUAUUACAAAAAUGUUUAUCGUUGAGUCAUGGUAAUACACAUUUGGUUACUAAUACACUUGCCGUAUUAAUAUUAACAUUAAUAUAUUUGCCAUGCAACAUUAAUUUAGUGCAAGAUAUAGUUCUUGGGAAACAUUUGGAAGGUAGAAUUUCAAAUGUUGAACUUCAUAAAUUGCUUAGAAACAAUGAAGACCCUUCCAUAAGAGAAAGAACAUGUGUUCUUUUAUUACAUAUGACUAGACUAAAUCCUAAUUGUCUUUUAGAAAUUUGGCAUCAAACUCUUACCAAUGAUAUWGAAUUUUUAAAAARUGAUCCAUGUCCAAAUGUUGUCCAGCCAAUGRCCCUAGUCACUGAGCCAGUUAUUUAUCAAUUAUAA